GACCAAGUCUCCCAUUGCUCGCCCUCUAUCAUUUUUUGUAGAAUAACAAACAUGUCAGUUCCGCAUCUGAUGACUCUGGCGGACCUUACGCCGGCGCAAAUAAGCCGCAUUCUCGCGCAUGCACAUUCACUCAAGAAGGUCUCCCUACCAUGGCUCGGUCCGCGAACAAAAAGCCAGAGCAACUUGCCCAUGCCGUCACAGUCGCUGUUAAACAAAUCUAUCGCGCUCAUAUUUUCCAAGCGCAGCACGCGGACGCGGGUGUCCGCUGAGACCGCGGCGGUGCUCCUCGGCGGGCGCGCUGUGUUCUUGGGGAAGGAGGAUAUUCAACUGGGCGUGAACGAGAGUGUGAGGGACUCGGCGCGGGUCAUUGGUGGGAUGUGCGAUGGAAUCUUUGCACGCGUAGGCGAGCACGAGGAGAUUGAGGAAUUGGCGAAGUACUCGCCGGUGCCGGUCCUGAACGCGCUCUCAUCGCUCUGGCAUCCGGCGCAGGUUCUGGCGGACAUCCUCACGUUACAGGAGCACCCGUACUUUUCGGAGAAAGGAUUGAAGGAGGACGCGGAUGCCGCGUCGCACAAAACGAUCCCGACAUUUUCGCUGCUGCGCCCGCUCACAAUCGCGUACGUAGGCGAUUCGGCGAACGUGCUGCACGACAUGUUGGUGACGUACCCGCGGCUCGGACACCAGAUGCGCGUGGCGAGCCCAGAGAAGUAUCGUGCGCCGAAGCAAGUUUGGGAUCGCGUCGUCGAGCUCGGGUGCGAUAAGGGCAUAUACUGGACGGCGGAUCCGCAUGAGGCGGUUCACGGCGCGGAUCUUGUCGUCACAGAUACGUGGAUAUCGAUGGGCCAAGAAGCUGAGAAGGAACAGCGUCUAAAGGACUUCCAAGGCUACCAAGUGACGGAACAACUCUGUCGGGAGGGCCGCGCGAAGCCUGACUGGAAGUUCAUGCAUUGUCUACCGCGGAAACCGCAUGAGGUGGACGACGAGGUCUUCUACGGGCCACGCUCUCUCGUUUUCGAGGAGGCAGAUAACCGCAAAUGGACGGCCAUGGCUCUGUUCGACCUGCUGUUCGGCAAAUGGGAUCUGCUGGCAAAAAGUUGAAUGGUGCCGCACGAUCUAACUCAGGCACGCUCGUUGCAUGCAUGCGUAGCAGCGCUCAAAAGAAUCCUGAUGCUAGAUAGAUCUUAUUCAUCAUCUAGUCAUCACGGAGGAAGUCCGCGGACCAUGUUGAUAUGAGAAGUCCGCUUACGGCUGGACAAAGGGUAACGGCCACGAUAACCGCCGCCGCCGAGAUCUCAGAGAUGGUAUUGAAUUUCUAUUAAUGAGCGCAUACUGUUCUGCGGUGAUCGCCAUGGCUCUGCUCUCAUGAAUAGUUCAUUCAUCUCGCGGCAAAUCGUUAUUCUCCGUGUCUGG